GAAAUUCCAAGUCGGGCCGUGCCAAAGGAGUAAAAGAAGGGAGGAGGACCCAGCGGACAUCUAAUGAACACCGGCGUCUGGCGAGUCGCUUCGCCUGCUGCAGGGAGAUCUUCUGCGCACGCCCUGCGGGCUUCCCAGCUUGAAUCCCGGGGGCGCCCUGACUAGAAUCAACUGGCUGCGAUGCAGAGUAAGCACGUAUCCAGUCCAGUCAUCCGCGAUCGCACAGUCGCCCGGGGGUCCCCGCGAGAUGCAUCCGCGCGCGGGAUCUGGAUCCAGCGGGCACGGCGUGCGCCGUGUGCCCAGCCCAGCCCAACCCAGUGCAGCGAGGAAUAGCCUCGCCCCUAGUUCCGGAUCCUGCGUCGUGCUUGGGGGCACCGCGCGCAGGCAGGCAGUCUGCCCCGCCCACGGCAGAUCGGGGAGCUCCGAGGAGGUGCAUGCGCAGUCCUAAUCGAGCACGGAGGGUCUUGGCACUGCUGUGGGUCCGCGGAGCGGCACAGUCCAGGGCGCGAGAUGCCUGCCUGAUUCGCGGAGCGUGGUUCCGAGCCGUUGACGAGGAGGGAGGGGCGGCGUGGCUUGCCCGCUCAGCGCAUGGGACUCGACACCGCUUCUUCGCUGCGAUGCUAGUGCUGGGUGCUCAGCCAUCACACGUGAGGGCGGUGGUUGCCGGUGCUCGCUCGCGUGUUGCGUGUAGUUGGACUUUGGGUCCGGAUGACCCAGCAGACAGCAGACAGCGCUAGCCGGAAGCCACCCGGGCCCUUUCUCGUAAUAAGCACCCCAGCAUCGCUGCGCGCUGACUCACCUCAACU